AUAUCUCAAUUCUCAAUAUCUGUGAUACCACUGAAUUAAAAUAUUUGUUAUAAUCGAGAAAUCUUAGUUGCAAAAUUAUUUGAUUAAUUGUUUAUAGUGAUUUUGUAUCACGUGGAGAACGCACGGUACUAUCUUGCAUCGUGGCGGAACGCGUAAACCGAAAAAUAACAUAACAUUCUUCUUUAAUUCUUUUUCAUUGUCUCACAUUUUUCGUAAACUUCUCGUACAAAUUGUUCAAAACCAAUGGCGUCUAAUAAAAGACAGCGACAGCCAGAAGGAGUACAGAAGAUAACAGCAUUUUUAACAAAAAAAACCAAGUCUAGUACUGAACAACCUGAUCCAGGGUCAAGUAUUUUAAAUACUAAAACAAAUGAAGUUACAGAAUCUGAUGUUCAAUCCAAUGUCAAUGAAUUGUCUGUUGUAUUAAAUGAUCAAGAUCCUGCAUUGAAUGUUAAUGCAUACCAUCUGAUUAGUAAUAACUUUGGCCCAUACCAACCAAAAGACAUUCAGUUUCCACGGGUAAACGGUAGGUCAUUCAGACAGGAUUGGUAUGUUCUACAUGAGUGGCUAGAGUACAGCCCAAUUAAUGACGCAGCCUUCUGUUUUUACUGCCGAUGCUUUCCACCAUCAAAUAAAUAUAAUGAAUUGGCUUAUACAUUACAUGGUUUCAAAACAUGGGCUAGAGCAACAAAAUCAUUUAAAGAUCAUGAAAAUAGUGCCUCUCACAAAGAAGCUAGUGUUAAAGUGUCUGGAUUUCAUUCAAGUAAAAAUGUUGGAAGUAUUGCAACAAAUGUAAGUACUUAUUAUACAAACUGUUCAGAAAAACAGAGAGUAUUUGACAGUAGUUUUGGAUAGUUUGUUGUUUUGUUGUCGCCAAGGUAUAGCUAUACGGGGACAUAAUGAAAGCGAAGAUUCAUUAAAUAAGGGUAAUUUUCUUGAACUCUUACACCUCAGGGCUAAAAAUAACAACAUUUUGCAAGAAUAUUUUUUACAAAAAGAACAUCAUUACAGAUAUACCAAUGGAACUUACCUUAAUGAAUUUAUUAAUAUAAUGUCAAGUCAAGUUCUUAGAAAUAUAACUUGUGAUAUAAGAAAAGCUAAUAUAUAUAUAGUAUUUUAAUCGAUGAAACUCAAGAUCUAUCAAGACAUGAGCAAGUUGCUUUUAUUAUUCGGUAUGUAAAUGAAGUAUUUGAACCAAAUGAGGUAUUUUUAGGGUUCUAUAAAACAAAUCGUACUGAUGGAGAAACUCUUGCUAAUUUAGUUAAGGAAGUACUCUGUAAUAAUAAUCUACAAAUUCAAAACUUACGAGGACAGUGUUAUGAUGGUGCGGCUGCCAUGCGUGGGCAAUAUAAUGGUGUACAAGCAAAAAUCCGUGAAAUAAAUCCA